AUGGGCACCGGCAUCGUAUCCAUCCUCCUCCAAUUCUUCUCCACCAUCUACCCCCGCCACGAGCCCUUGCUCCGAAUCCUCAGCAUCAUCUUCUUCGUCCUGAACGUCUUCUUCUUCGCCGUCAUCUCCGUCACCACGAUCCUCCGCUACUCCCUGUAUCCCCAGACGUGGCUCCUCAUGGUCCGGCAUCCCGUCCAAUCCCUCUUCCUGGGCGCCAUCCCCAUGGGUUUCGCCACCAUCAUCAACAUGUUCGUCAACGUCUGCGUUCCGGCAUGGGGCGGACGCACCAUCCAAGUCGCCUGGGCCCUGUGGUGGAUCGAUGCCGCAGUCAGUAUAUUAUGCAACGUCUGGCUGCCCUUCCAAAUGAUAAUCACGCACAAGAACCGCCCAGAAACCAUGACAGCAGCCUGGCUCCUCCCCAUCGUCGCGCCCAUCGUCUCCGCCGCCAGCGGCGCCCUCGUCGCCUCGGCGCUGCCCAACCCCUCCCACGCCCUCUGGACCCUAAUCACCAGCUACGUCCUCUGGGCCACAGGCAUCCCGCUCGCCCUCGCCGUCCUCGUCAUCUACUUCCACCGCCUAACCAUGCACAGCCUGCCCCCUCAAGAAGCCAUCGUGAGCGUCUUCCUCCCGCUCGGCCCCCUGGGCCAGGGCGGCUACGCCGCCAUGAAGCUCGGCCUCGUCGCGAGGACCGUGUUCCCUCUCACGCGGACGCUGCAUCCGCUUGCCGGCGACGUUUUCUACGUCUUGGGUUUCGCCGUCGCGAUGGUGCUGUGGGGGUUCGGUCUCGUGUGGCUGUUUUUCGCCGUCGCGGGGAUUAGUCAUUCGAGGAGGUUCCCGUUUAAUAUGGGCUGGUGGGGUUUCACGUUUCCGUUGGGCGUGUAUGCGAUGGCGACGUUGGUCAUGGGGACCGAGUUGCCGUCCGGGUUUUUUAGGGUCCUGGGGACGGUCUUCGGAAUAUGCGUCGUCGUGCUCUGGCUCAUCGUCGCCGUGGGCACCCUGCGCUACUCGCUCAAAGGCGCGCUGUUCGAGGCCCCGUGUCUGCGGGAGAUGGAAAAGGCGAAAGGGUUCCCGAUGGAUUGGGUGCUGGACCGGGAUUCCCGGGCUUGA